CUUCUCCCUCCUCAGCCUCCUCUUUCCCUUCCCUUUCUCGAAAGACUGCGCGGCCGUGAAGCCAAACCCUAGCCUUCGCCCCCCCCCCUUUUAAUCCACAUCGUCUUCAGCGGGGAGGGAUGAGCAGGCGCUGGAGCAGGACGAUCUAUGUUGGCAACCUCCCUGGAGAUAUCCGGGAGAGGGCGGUAGAGGACCUCUUCUACAAGUAUGGCCGUAUUGUUGAUAUUGACCUGAAGGUUCCUCCAAGGCCACCUGGCUAUGCUUUUGUUGAGUUUGAAGAUCCUCGUGACGCCGAAGAUGCCUGUGCUGGACGGGAUGGCUACAACUUCGAUGGAAAUCGUCUAAGAGUGGAACCUGCUCAUGGUGGGAGAGGCAGUGGUGGCCCCUCUCAUGAUCGUUCUGGCAGCUUUGGUGGUGGUGGUGGUGCCGGCGGCGGCAGUGGACGCCGAGGUGUCUCCAGGCACACGGAUUACCGUGUUCUGGUUACUGGCCUGCCUUCUUCUGCGUCCUGGCAAGAUUUAAAGGACCAUAUGCGAAGGGCUGGUGAUGUUUGUUUCUCAGAAGUGUAUCGUGAAGGCGGCGGCACCAUAGGGAUUGCUGACUACACAAACUAUGAUGAUAUGAAAUAUGCUAUAAAGAAACUGGAUGACACUGAAUUUAAGAAUGCAUUUUCUAAAGGUUAUAUAAGGGUGAAGGAAUACGAUGGCAAACGUGGGCGCUCCUACUCACGUAGCCGGAGCCCAAGUCGUAGCCGCAGCAAAAGCAGGAGCCCAAGUAAAUCUCCCAGGGCUCGCUCAGCAUCUAGGUCCAGAUCAAGGUCUCUUUCUUCCCGUUCUCGGUCAGCAUCGAAAGGACGUUUUCCGUCAAGAUCACCAGCAAGAUCCAAAUCCCCAAUUGCUUCUCCAGCAAACGGUGUAGUGACAAGUUCAAGGGCAAGCCCAAAGAAGCACAGUCCAAGCAGGAGCCCAUCUCGUUCACGGUCACCUGAAGUGAAAUCUGAAUAGAAGCACUGCACCGCAGCAGGUGAGGCGUGUGCUCAGGUCUAGAUAUUUGUUGUCCUCUAUGCUUUCUUGAGAAUUACCUGGAUGUCAGCAACUGUCCAAUGAGUAUCGUUUUGUUGUAUUAACAGUGUGAACUUGUAUUGCUGAAGACAUCGAACUUGAGCACUAUCAUGCUGUAGCCUGCAGCCAGUCUUUCAUUCAACUAGUAUUUUGUCUGUUAAAUGGUAUCUUGUGGAUUCUUUUCAAAAAUUCAUGUAAGACGUUUGUGGAUUCAAUGUCUCAGGUUUUUCUUUCCAA